AAAUCGAAUCAAACCAAAGAAAUUGACAUACUUAAUUUAAAUAAUAAUGAUAAAGUCAUUGAAGACUGUUAUCAAUAUGGAAUCAAUAAUGAAAAGAAUAUUAAUAAUUGGUACCAAGGUGAUGGACCAAUAGUUCUGAUAGAAGUACCAUUAGAUAUAGUUGAGAAAAUGGAUACUAUAAUAGAAGAUUUAUUAGAAAAACAGUUUGAAAGUAAAACAGAGCAAAUUGAAAAAGGUAUAGAUGAAGGUGUUGAGGAUUAUAAAGGUGAAGAGAUAGUUGAGAUAGGUGGAACAGUUAUUGAUGAAAAGGGGAUCAAUGAAUGUGAUAAUAGAAUUGGCAUCAGAAAGAAUAAACAUAUGACAGUUGAAGGUAGAGAUUUGAAUCGAAAAGAUAAUCUUGAAUCUGGCCAUGAUGAAGAUGUGGACAUAGUUAAAGAUGAAAUUAAGAGGAGAGUAGAAGAAAAUAACCAUGCAGUAUCUAUUAUUCACCAAAGAUAUGUUGAGGAUGAAUAUAAAGCAUCUGAAUCAAAUUUGAAGUGCAUUGAAAGUGAUGAGAUAAAGAGAGAUAACAAUAGCGAUACAUUGAGAAAGUUAUGGUAUAUGUGUGAUGGUGAGUUUGUUGGAUAUGUUUCUGGAGUUGAAGUUGAUAUUGAUGGAGUUAAAGUAGUUUAA